CGGUGGUGGUGGAUUGGUUUGAUCGCCGGUCUUCUUUGUAAUGGAUGUGUCAACCGGUGCACCAAAGAAGGUGAUGGUGAUUGCUGACCCUACAAGGGAAUCGGCGGGUGCACUCCAAUGGGCUCUUUCUCAUGCUGUGCUCGAGAAUGAUGAGCUCUUUCUCCUACAUGUAGACCAACCCAUUUCAUGGCGGAACACAUUCUCUACUUUUCUUAGAAAACCCUCCUCUCAGGGUUUUCCGAACACCAAUUCUUUGAUGGAAGGAAGCGGCGGAGAUAAUGUUGAUUUUCUUGAUUUAAUGAAAAGUGCAUGUGAGACUGCUCAGCCUAAGGUAAAGGUUUAUAUAGAAAGAGUGGAAUCGGAUGGAAAGGACAAGGCCUCUACCAUUCUCUCCAAAAGUAGGAUGCUUUCAAUUGAGGUCCUUGUUAUAGGCCAGCGUCGUAGUCUCUCCAAUGCUAUAUUAGGAUGUAGGCUGAAUGGAGGGCAUGCAAGAGGGACAAGAGUGAUAGAUACAGCAGAGUAUUUGAUUGAGAACAGUAAGUGCACAUGCAUUGGAGUUCAGAAGAAGGGUCAAAACGCAGGCUAUCUUCUUAACACUAAAAAACACAGAAAUUUCUGGCUUCUUGCAUAGAGUACACAAAUGCUUAAAAUUCCAUAGUGCUCUCUGUCACACUGGGUUCCCACUAUGGUUUGGGUUGAGUCCACAGGUUCUCAGUUCUCGCCAUUUUUGUUGCGUGUUGGAGUAAGCAGAGGCGGAUAUCAUAAUUUGCUUACAUUGUUUGCUAAAUCAGAAAG